GGCUGGAUCGUCUGAGGUCGCGAAGACUGAACUAGGAACUAGCUUGCGAAUUUACUCCUCAUUUGUGUCCUGACUGGAAAGCAUGGGGAAGAAGGAUGCGAAUGCUGCCAGGCUGCCGGUCGAUCAGUACCGAAAACAGAUCGGUAAACAAGAUUAUAAGAAAACAAAGCCAGCUCUGAGAGCCACACGCCUGAAGGCCGAGGCAAAGAGGAGCGCUCCAGGAAUCAGGGACACUAUCCUGGUCAUUUUGGCUGUGCUGGUCUUUCUCCUGGGUGUUUAUGCUUUCUUCUACCUCAACCUCAGCACAGAGCUGAAUCUGGACAAUGACGUGGACUAAACAUCGGUCCUUAAUGAUGCUAUGGAGGCCUCUGGGAGGAUGGCAGCAGCCUUAUAAUAAAAUCCCUCAUUUACAGAGGGCCAGUGGCUCUUCAGUCACUAAACCUAACUCUCUCCUACACCUGAAACUCUCUGUGCCCUUCAUGCAGCUGCAGCUAAGGAAAGCCCAAGAAAAGGCAAUAUGGUCAAAAUAAGAAAUGAACACUGACAAGCCAAGAUGAUGAAUGUUGAAAGUGGACCUUUGUUUUUUUCCUUUCAGUUUAAAACUUUCUGAUGUCCCUUCAGACUGACUGUGUCCUACCUGUCUCCUACCUGUUUCAUAACUCAGAUUGGGACACGUGACUCAGGAGCAGACUUAAGGCUGAGUUUACCAUUAAAUGGCCAGUAUGGAGUUGUGCAUUACAUUACUCUGGGCUCACUUCUACAACCCCAAUUCCAAUGAAGUUAGGACGUUGUGUAAAACAUAAAUAAAAACAGAAUACGAUGACUUGCAAAU